AUGUAUGCGCUGGUGAAAGAAAUUUUAGAUGAAUGGAAGAUUACUCCCGAACGAGUGAUUGCUAUUCUGACUGAUAACGGCUCAAAAAUGGUUUGCGCCUUCAAAAACUUCAUUAGCGCAAAGCUGGUAAUCCGGGAUGAAGAAGAAUUUCCUUGUGAAGAUUCCGACGAAAUGUACAUGUUAAGCACGUGCGAACCAUUACCGGACGGCGCAGCCAUAGAUCUUGAUUCUCAACAGUUCUUAGAUUACGAGGACAACGAAAAUAAACUGUAUGCAGACUAUAACCGCCACAGCUGUUUUAUUCACACCCUGCAACUUGUGGUGAAGGUUUUUGAAAAAUCGGAAGAAGUUAAGCCCGUAAUGAAGAAAGUGCGGUUUCUUGUCUCUGCGUUCAACAAGUCCGCCAACGCUACUACGGCAUUAAUUCGCAGUGCGGGACGAAAAUUGAUCUGCGAUGUAUCUACGCGAUGGAAUUCUACUCUGCUAAUGGUUUGCCGUUUACUGGAGCUGAAAAUGGAUGUGCGAAAAGUUAUUGUAGAAGAAAACCUGAAGAUAUCUGACCUCACACCGGAGGAAUGGAAAAUUUUGGAGGGCAUCGAACUUUUGCUGGGAAAAUUCGAUACAAUUACUGAUAAAAUGAGUUCGGAGAAAUCGGCUACAAUCCAUAUGGUUUUACCGUAUGUCAAGGAAAUUAACUCCCACUUGGAAAAUCAGUCGGCGUUAGAUAUCUUCCUGGACUUGAACUCUUUCGGCAUGGAAUCGAUUUUUAGCGAAGUCGUUGAAAAAAUGAAAGAGCAAAUGGUGCUACGGUUCGCGUACGUUGUGGACGAAGCUAAUGCGAAGUACAGGCCCAUCUACCUGGCAGCCAACUUCUUGCACGUCUGGUUCAAAGACUUUCUGACAGUAAAUGAAAUUAAAGCGGCUCGUGAUGAAACGACAAGAAUUUUUUUGCUCCGAAAAAAUGCGUGCCAAGGGACAUCAAGAGAAAUCUCAGUGGCGGUGGGUGCCAAUGGAGUGGAGAUGGAGAUAUCAGCUUCUAAAAGAAAGAAAACGACUGAGCUGUCUUAUCUGGCGACGCUCGCCCCCUUACGCGCAGCUAUUCCAGAAGAAAGGCAAAGUGGAACUGCGAAGCUUAUCAAAGAAAGGGAUUCUUACUGCGGGAGUUCGGCGUCUGCACAAAUUGACGAAAACUAUGACCCAAGGAAGUACUGGAUGCAGCACAGUGCUUUAUUUCCUCUUCUCAGUUCUGUGGCUUUGGACAUUUUUGCUAUUGGCAGUAGCACGGCUGACGUCGAACGCUUGUUUUCAGCUGCAGGCAACACAAGCAGCGGUCGGAGAAAUCGUAUAAACGGUUCCCGGUUGGAAAUGAAAGUUUUUUUGCAGAAAAAUAUGCGUUAUGCCGACCCAUCAAUGAAUGAAGAAUGA